UUGUUGUGGCAAAUUAAAAAUCGAAGAACUUUUUGAAAACAGUUCAAGAAAUUCAAGCAUUGUCGAUGAAAGUUGCAGACAUCAACUUCGAUUAUUCUACAAAGAUUUGAUCUCAAGAGAACCGUGGGCUUUGAAACUUUUUGAUUUAUGGGGAAAGAUUAAUUCAGGAUAUACCGAAGGAAACUUUUACAACUUGGGACAUUAUUCCAAAUGCUUAGAUUUCAGAUAUCAACACACUAACAAUGAAGAAGUAAUUCAAGGGAAAUAUUGCUUGAUAGCUUUGGCUGUGACACCUACAUCAUCAAAUGAAACAGACGACAAAAUAAAUACUUCUGAUUGGCAAAUAAUUAAAGAUAUUGUGAGGUCUGAAGGAAUUAAUUUAGUUAAUGGAAUUUGUUUACCCGCAAGCUGUCAAGUGCAUGAAAUUGUUCAGUUUAUGAACCAGUUUUUGUAUGAUGAUUUUAUGGUGAUUAAUAUUGAAUGUCAAACCAAUGAUUCAAUACCAUUGACAAAUCUUGAUAUGUUUGCAAUAUUCAUCGCAUCAACAUUUAUUAUUCUUCUAAUAUCAAGUACAAGCUACGAUGUCAUCAACAUCAUCAACGAUCGUGAACCUAACAAACUUUUGAUUGCAUUUUCUGUCUACACAAAUGGCAGAAAACUUUUUGAUUUAAGUCAAAAUUCUUCCCAGAAAUCAAUUGAAUGUUUAAAUGGACUUCGAGUGAUUUCAUUGCUUUGGAUUAUAUUUGGACACCGACUUACUAUUCAACAAUUCUUUCCAACAACUAAUCCUCAAACUAUUCUUAAACAUUACAAUUAUAGUUACAGCGUUAUUCUGUCUGGUUAUGACAUAGCCGUUGACACAUUUUUUGUGAUGGGAGCAUUGCUUAUAACACUUUCAACUUUAAAAUUACUUGAAAUGAAGAAAUUGAACAUCGUGCGAAUUAUCUUUCAUCGAUAUCUUCGAUACACGCCUGUCUUGGCUGUUUUGAUUCUUUAUUUGGUUUCGAUAGCAAAAUUUACUGACAAUGGGCCAUUGAAGAGUGAUUAUGGUGAUAAGAGUUGUAAGGAAUUUUGGUGGUCUGCAUUGCUACACGUACAAAAUUAUGUCAACCCAAUAAAUGUUUGUCUUAAUCAAUCAUGGUAUCUGUCAGCUGAUUUCCAACUAUUCAUUAUCACACCUUUUUUUGUCUAUUUAUUGAAGAACUCGAGCAUAAUGUUCACUCUCGCCUCAAUAACUUUAGCAAUUUCAAGUUCAAUUUACAUUCUGUUCAUUAGUUUGACAAAAGAUUUGAGAUUGUUCAUGACAUCAAAAGGCGCACUUUUUCAAGAGUUGAUUUAUGCUCCAACUCAUUCACGUAUGGGGCCGUGGAUUGUUGGAGUUCUCUUGGGAUAUUUUCUUUAUAUCCACCGUGAUACGAAACUGAAACUAAACAAAUACAAAAACGCUGCACUUUGGAUUUUGUCCAUUUCUGUUUUAGUUUCUAUUUUAAUGCUCGGACAACCACUUAGACAAAAAAUUAAUAAUCAAUCGUCUCUAACAUUCAACGCCAUUUACAUUGCAUUUUCAAGACUUUUAUGGUCAAUUGCAAUUUCUUGGAUAAUCUUUGCAUGUUACAAAUUGAAGACUGGGGGGAUUGUGAGAUGGUUCUUGUCACUUCCAUAUUGGCAACCACUCGCAAGAAUGUCACUUAGCAUGUACCUUGUUCAUCCAAUUUAUCAGAUGACAGCAAUGAUAAAUCACAAAGACGUCAUAACUUACGAGAUUUGGCCAAUGUUACAUGUUUAUUGGGGUGACGUAUUUGCAACAAUUUUCUUAGGCGCCUUUCUUUACCUGACCUUCGAGGCACCAUUUCUCUUAAUUGAAAACUACAUUUACAACAGGUUGCAUGUGUAGUCAGAAAAACAUUUAGAUUAAGUAAGAAGUCGAUACAAAUUUUAUUUAUAAAUUGUAAUACAUUCAAAUGAU